AUGAUGCCCAUCGGAGGUGCGCUCCACGCGGGUGUUGAGGUCUACGGUCGAGAGUGGAGCUACGGAGGUGCUCCAGGCCGCCGAACCGGAGUGGUGUGCGAGGUGCCUCGGACGAAUCGCAAACACAGGUAUCGAGAGACUAUUUCGCUGGGCACCACGCGACUCAGUGCAUCGGAGGUGUCUCUUUUGAUUGGAGAUCUGAUUGAGAAGUGGUUGGGCGAGGAUUAUCAUUGGCUCCACAGAAACUGCCUUGCCUUUGCCAACGAGUUCUGCCGUAAACUAGGUGUCGGAAAUAUCCCAGCCUGGAUUGACCGACUGCCGCGUGGAGUUUGUGCGCUUGACGUAGGCGUGCGGAACUUGGCAGAGACGGUGAGAGGGCUGGCUGACGGCACCCGUGCCGCUGCACAUGCUUUAGCCGAAGGGCAGCUGGACUGCGUCCGAUGCCGGCCGGUAUGCUCCUUCGACCCAGCAUGUGCAUCGCAGCAUGUGAACCUCGGCAGCUUCAUGGUCACGUCAGUGCCUGCCUCACGUGGAUCCGCUUUCGCAGCCCCACAAGUCCUAAAUGGUGGUCGAACACCCGGGCAUCUGGAAGCAGACAAGUGCUAUUUGGAUGAUCUCGUCCAAGCUGUGAGUUCCUAG